AUGGAGGGCAACUUUGGGGAGGAAGAUGAGACUUUUACUAACAUCUCGCUCACAGACGACCCAGUGAACAACAGAACUGCAGCCCUGUAUACUAAGCCAGAGAACGAUCUCUUCAUCAUGAAUUGCGACAUAGAUGGUAGUGUGGAGAUGAUGCUACAUGAUUCUUUGUCAGGGGACAUGGAGAACCAAGUCGAGAUGGAGGAGAAGACAAGGCUAAUAAAUCAGGUGUUGGAACUUCAGCAUACUCUGGAAGACCUGUCAGCACGGGUGGAUGCAGUCAAAGAGGAAAACUUGAAGUUGAAGUCAGAAAACCAGGUACUUGGUCAGUACAUCGAGAACCUCAUGUCUGCGUCCAGCGUGUUUCAGACUACAGACACCAAAAGCAAACGCAAAUGA